AGUUACGCUGACUUAUAGAAUUGCCCUGCGGUGUUGAGGGCUCUUUUCACGUCGCUGACCAUGCUUUUCUAGAGGUGGCAGCGGGACCACCCUUGUGCAGGUCGGUCUGCCCAGAUGUUGCCAUGGGCAGGCAGAUGAUUGGAACCACGCCUGGCUGGAGUUCUGCUGGGCCAGAGUGAAGGUAGGAUGUAGGGGUGAGGAAAUUGGUUGAAAUGGAGGACGGUGAGACCCAAGCUGGGAAAGUAAAAAAUGAGGAGAGGAGGUGGCUCUAGCAGGAGCGUGGGAGAGUGUGUGGACUGAGCCCUUUGCGUGGGAGAAGAACACAUGUAGUGAAAGAAAAACAUGAAUGAGCAAGGUCGAAGUUUGGGAGAUUGGCUGCAGAGAGAGAAAUUUCUGAACUAUUGUUGUAGGUGUAGAAUCAUGUCCGGUGAUAACAAAGUCUAGGGUGGUGCCUGGGGAAGUGCGUGGCCAAGGUGGAAUGAGGACAGACUCAUAGUACUGUGAGGGCCACCCUCCUGGGCUCUGAUGUCACUCGAGUGCGGUAGGAUGGGAGGUUGAAAGAAUAUUGGGAGUCAGGGGCCAGAGUCUCCAGUGAAUGAGGGAUUGUAGCUGGGAAUGUGUUUGUGACAACCACGUGGAUGGGAAGAAUGUGCCCUGAGACUCAGUGAAGCUGAGGUUUUAAGGUGGAUGGAGAAGUAGCCACCAUUGUGGGCAGAGGCAGAUGCAUUUUGAAGGAGGAAAUGGUGGACAGGCUAAAGAUUUGUCCUCAGUACCCUGGAGAGGGAAGUUGGUUGUGAACACUUUGUGCUUUCCCGUUUAUUCCAGAGCCCUGUCCUGAGUGCCCUGUGGGGAUAAGAGGAGGAGCGUCCUCGUUCUUCUGCUCCCUGUUGUUCAGGAAAACUUACUGUCUGAAUCACAGGAUGGCAACCAUGGUUCUGUCCCCCACUUGUGCUCAGUCUUCCCCAUACCCAGCCUCUCACCAGAAAGGAUGCACAGAGGAGGAAGGGUUGGCUAAUGGCUUCCUGACAGACUGGUUACAGGACUUGGUGACUUUUGAGGAUGUGACUGUGGAGUUCACCCAGGAAGAGUGGGCACUGCUGGACCCUUCUCAGCGAACACUGUACAGAGAUGUGAUGCUGGAGAACUGCAGGAACCUGGCUUCACUUGGGUAUCAUGUCGAUAAACCCAGUCUGAUCUCCCAGUUGGAGCAAGAAGACAAGGUGAUGACAGAGGAAAGAGGAAUUCUUCCAGGCACCUGUCCAGAUUUGGAGACGGUACUUAAAGCAAAAUGGUUAACUCCUAAGAAGCAUGUUUUUAGAAAAGAACAUUCUAAUGGUGUAAAAGUGGAGAGAAGUCAUCUGGGAGUGAAACUCAAUGAAUGUAAUCAGUGUUUUAAAGUCUUCAGCACAAAAUCUAACCUUACUCAGCACAAAAGAAUUCAUACUGGAGAAAAACCCUAUGACUGUAAUCAGUGUGGCAAAUCCUUCAGCAGCAGAUCCUACCUCACUAUUCAUAAGAGAAUACAUAAUGGGGAGAAGCCCUAUGGAUGCAGUGACUGUGGGAAAGCCUUCAAUGAUCCUUCCUCCCUCAGACUGCAUGUGAGAAUCCACACUGGAGAAAAACCCUACGAAUGUAACCAGUGUUUUCAUGUCUUCCGCACUAGUUGUAACCUCAAAAGCCACAAGAGAAUUCAUACGAGGGAGAAUCACCAUGAAUGUAAUCAGUGUGGCAAGGCCUUCAGCACGAGGUCCUCCCUUACUGGGCACAACAGUAUUCAUACAGGAGAGAAACCUUAUGAGUGCAGUGAUUGUGGGAAAACCUUUAGGAAGAGCUCAUAUCUCACACAGCAUAUGAGAACUCAUACUGGAGAAAAACCCUAUGAGUGUGAUCAGUGUGGAAAAUCCUUUAGCAGUAGCUUUUCUCUUACUGUGCACAAGAGAAUUCAUACCGGCGAGAAACCCUAUGAAUGCAGUAACUGUGGGAAAGCCUUUAAUAAUCUCUCAGCUGUUAAGAAACAUGUAAGAACUCACACUGGAGAAAAGCCCUAUGAAUGUAAUCAUUGUGGGAAAUCUUUCACCACUAACUCUUACCUUUCUGUGCACAAGAGAAUCCAUAAUAGGUGGAUAUGACUACAAUAACUGGGAAAGCAUUCACUGAUUUCUUAUCUCUCAGACAACUUGUGAUAACUCACGCUUAGAUGUAUGAGUUAUCUGUUGCUGCAUAACAAAUUUCCCUUCAAAACAUAAUAGCUUUAAACAGCAAACAUUUAUUAUCUAUAGGUCAGGAAUUCAGAACCAGCUUAGCUGUGUAGCUCUAGCUCAGGAAGUCUCAUGAGGUUGUAGUCAGGAUGUCAGCAGGAGCUACUGUCAUCUACUUUACUGCUGGCUGAGGAGUCCACUUCGAGAAUAGCUCAGUCACAUGCCUGGCAAGUUAGUGCUGGUUGUUGGCAGGGAACCUUCAUUUUCUCACCAUGUAGGACUCUCCACAGGGCUAUGUGUCUUUAUGACGUAAAAGCAGGUUCCUCCCAAAGCAUUUGAUUUAAAGAAGAGCUAAUGCAGAAACCACAGUGUCCUCUAUGACCUAGCCUCAGAAGGACAUAUCAUCACUUCUUCCGUAUUUUAAUGGUCACACAGACCAAUCCUGAUACAGUGUGAGAAGAGACCAUACUCAGUAUGAAUACCAGGAAACAGAGAUUGUUGGGAACCAUCUGAGCAGUUUUCCAUGAAAUCACUGAUGUAAGGCCUUCAGGAGACCCUCAUUCUUUCAGUCUGUUCAGUAUGAAGUAAUAUUUAAUAACUCUCAUGUUAAUUCACCCGUGAAAGAAACCUCAUGAGUCCAGUCUUUGUGAUAAGCUUUCAGCUCAAAUUCACCCCUAAUGUGCACAAAAGAUUAAGUAUUGUGGAUAAAUCUGAGGAAUACAGUGGUGAUAUCUAGGGAGUCAUGUGACAAUUCACACUAAGGGGAAAGUCCUACGAAUAUCAUCAGAAUGUAGGAGUCUUCAGGGACACUCAUCCCUUAGAACACACAUGAGGAAUCACUACAGAGGAACACUCACUCAUAUAAGGAAUGUGGAAAACCCUAUAGCACAAGAGUUUACAUUACUGAACAGAAGAUGAAGAGAUUCCGAGUGCAAGUACUAUGGGAAAGCCUUCAGUGUUCUCUCAACUUUUAAAGAGAUAUGAUGAUUUAUUCUGGAGAGAAGGUCCCAUUGAAUGGCAUCAGUAUUGGAAAGCCUUCCAUUUUCCCACAUUCCUUAAACUGAAAAGUUGUUGCAGAGAAAUUUGUGAGUAUAAAGAAUGAGGGAAUGCCUUUAAUGAUACCUCUUAUGUUAGGAAAGCUAUGAAAUUCCUGGAUGCAAAGCCUGUGGAUUAAUUUUGGGAAAUCUUUCGGUGAGUCCUGUCUGUUGACUUCUGAGAAGUCACGCAGGUGGGGAACCCUAGAAGAUACUCGACGUGAGAUUGCCUCAGCUCUUCUCUGAGUGGCCACAGAAUACUUUAAACUGGGAAUGAAAAGUGUAAAUACUAUGAGCAUGGGAUUACCUUUAUCAGUGUCUCAUCCUUAGGGUGGGGCAACUAGCUCUUUAAUUUUCAGUCUUUGCUUAAGUAUAAACAUUUAUAUCUAUAGCUAUACCCUAAGAUAAACCUUAAAUUAUGUUCCAUAGUUUUAUAUGUAAUAUGUUUUUCAUCAUUUACUCUAAAAAUAUUAACACAUUGCAUAUUCAUAAAGGUAUUUCUGAUUAUCUCCUGAGUGAUUUAGUUUAUCCUAGUAGAAAUUAGACUAUAUUUGCUACAUACCUUUUUCUAAUUUAAUGACAUUUUUAUCAAGUAAGUGGACUUUAUGAUGUUCAGAUAUAGUAUGUACAUUCAGGUUGGUUUUUAUUUUUCUUUCAAGCUUAUUUAGUGAUAGAUGUGAAUUAAAGUCUUCCACCGUUGUUACGGAUUGACAAAUUC